CUCUUAACCUCUGAGCCAUCUCUCCAGCCCCCUCAAUGGCUAAUCUUGGUUGUCAACUUGACUACAUCUGGAAUGAACUAAAAUGGAAGUAGCUGGGCACACCUGUGAGGAAUUUGUCUUGAUUGGCUAAUUUGAGGCAAGAAGAAUCACCCCAAAUCUGAAUCUUUUGGGUUAGACGAAUCUCCGUAAAUCUGGUCCAUACCUUUUGGUGCAGCCCAAGUUAAAGGACAUGGAGGAAGGAAACUUUCGCCUUUUGCCGGCUUGCCGUCACUGUCCCUGGCAAGUGCAUCCAUCUCUCCUGAUGAUGCCGAGGCAUUCUUUCCCAGGUAUCAGAACCUACUUCUGGGGGACUCUCACACAGACCAAAGACCAGCUGAGCCAUCCAGUCUCAUGGGCUGAAGAACUGCCUGUCUGGUAGCCUUUCCGUAGGGAGAUAGUUAUUGUUGACAUGAGGCAGACACGGUCUGGAAGCCACUCUAGUAAAACUCCCUUUUCAUUCAGAUGGAUUCCAUCUGCUCUGCUCCUCUAGAGAACCCUGCCUAACGCUGGCAUCCGAGGUUCCCUGUGAAGGGAAAAAGGUAGAGCUGAGAUGAAGGUAGAUGGGCUUCAGCUGGCCAAAAAAUUAAGACAAGCAGACACGAGCUGACUGUGGACCAGGACAGCUCUGAGCAGCAGGCCUUGUCCUGAGACAUGAACUGGAAUGUGGCUGGAACUGAGAACUCAAAGCUAACAAGGAAAGGACAGAGGCUGUGUCAGGACACACUUCCACACACCCAAGGCCAGGACCAUGCUGACUGUCAGCCCUCCAACUGGCCCAUUACUGCCCCCCUUCCCUGCCUGCCAGCUGCCAGCAGGGCUCUGCCCUGUGUCUACCACACCUGUCACUGCCUAUCCUUGUCCGAGGGGGACGAGUAUUAGCCCCUCCUCAGCCUCCCAGAGGAGCCGGCAGUUAGUGGGGAGGGGAGGGAACAUGGAACGGGGACCGAUGGUGGGGGCAGGGUCGGGGGCCGGGACCCGAGUCCGAGCACUGCUCGGAUGCCUGGUCAAGGUGCUGCUCUGGGUGGCCUCUGCCUUACUGUAUUUUGGAAGUGAACAAGCCGCGCGCCUCCUAGGCAGCCCCUGCUUAAGGCGCCUCUACCACGCUUGGUUGGCAGCAGUAGUCAUCUUUGGGCCCCUUCUGCAGUUUCAUGUCAACUCCCGGACGAUCUUCGCUAGCCACGGCAACUUCUUCAACAUAAAGUUUGUGAAUUCAGCAUGGGGCUGGACAUGUACCUUCUUGGGGGGCUUUGUGUUGCUGGUGGUGUUCCUGGCUACACGACGCGUGGCAGUGACGGCCAGGCACCUGAGCCGACUGGUGGUGGGGGCAGCUGUCUGGCGGGGUGCCGGCCGGGCCUUCCUGCUCAUCGAGGACCUGACCGGUUCCUGCUUCGAGCCGCUGCCCCAGGGCCUACUGCUGCAUGAGUUGCCUGACCGCAGGAGCUGCCUGGCAGCCGGCCACCAGUGGCGAGGCUACACUGUCUCCUCCCACACCUUCCUGCUCACCUUCUGCUGCCUCCUCAUGGCUGAGGAAGCCGCUGUAUUUGCCAAGUACCUGGCCCACGGGCUACCAGCUGGGGCCCCCCUGCGCCUUGUUUUCCUACUCAAUGUGCUAUUGCUGGGCCUCUGGAACUUCUUGCUGCUCUGCACCGUUAUCUACUUCCAUCAAUACACCCACAAAGUGGUGGGUGCAGCAGUAGGCACGUUUGCCUGGUACCUUACCUAUGGUAGCUGGUACCACCAGCCCUGGUCUCCUGGGAUCCCAGGCCAUGGGCUCUUCCCCCGAUCCCGCUCAAUUCGCAAACAUAACUGAAAGAAAUAAAAGCAUACCAGGCCUGGC